GGAGAAUGGACACAACGAAGGGAAUGUAGAUUCUGGAGUGGGACCGCGUUGAGCAUAGUCACAAUCGAACUUUCAGAGGCGUUCAUUGACCUAGUGAGUUUGUCUUCGGCACGGUGGAUUGUGGAAGGUUCAUGCUCUGAUGGAGACUCGAUUACAGACAAUUGCUCGAUUUCGAAGUGGGAGUGAUGGGCGAGACGGGGUGCGCAGGUGACGCGAACGAAGCUGUCAUUGGAAUGACGCCCGGGGGUGAAGUUGGAGGCGGAACUUGCGAGCGUUUGCUAGAAGGCGGUGGUCGCCAUCUUUACUCCAUCUGCUGUGAUUCGGCCCUUCUCAUUGAUGGGAGCUCUUGUUACGGUUGCCUUGUUCGAGGGAUUGGAGUUCUUGGCGGAGAUUUGGGUAGUAGAAACGUCAGGGAGAGUGGUGUCGUGUUUCCGUGGAUCGCACUUUGAUUACUUGUGAGUGAAUUGAGAUGUCGUCUGGGAAGUUUGGACGAGGCGGGGGGCGGGGCCAAUCCAGAAUGGUCCCUCCCCCUUUGGGACGGGGGGCCGUUCCUUUGAGGAGGGGCCCUGGAAUGACGAAAGAUAAAGCAAGAAUGGAUGACAGUAAGGGUAGAAGUGGAGGAAUUGGUGCAGGGAACACCGGGGGCGGAGCUGCAGCCAUCGCCUCCACUCCAGCCCAGGAAGAAAGCUUUCAGUUGAAAUUGGGUUCAGGCAAUCUAUAUGCCAUGAUGAUUCGGCUCACUCCGGGAUUUAUAGAAACUCUGAAGAGGGUUGAGGAGCAAGGAGGAGAGACUCAAAUCAAAUUCUCCCAGCACCAGUCCGGAGCACACGUCAUCAGGGCUGGGGACGAGGAAAUUCGUUUCUCUUCAGCUCCUGAACCCGGUGGAGUGUGCGACAUUUUUGAAGAGAAACGUAGGCCUGAGGACGGAACGGGACUUUUAGUCGAGUCGGGAGCAGUGUGGCGUAAGCUGUCCGUGCAGCGUACUCUUAGUGCAUCGGAAAAAGAUCGCGUUAAAAUGCGAUCUGUCGAAGCAGAACGACAACAAAAGUCUCGCAAGGCUAUCGUACUGGAUCACACUAUGAGUAACAAAGCAGCUACCCCAGGAGAUGCAAACGGACGGAGGCCUCCUCCAGUGCUACUGAAGGGCAAGAAAGAGCCUCCUCAGAAGAAGCGAAAGAUUGUCACCACCAGUCCAGUGUUACCUACUCCGUCUGCAGUGAAGGCUCGUCCAGGCGAGAAAUCGUCACCUAUAGUGGCGGCUCCAAAAGCUGUUAAACCUGCUGCGUCUCCUGAGCCUCCACCUCAGAGCAUUUCUCGUGCUAUUGCCGCAGCUCAAGCGGCUUCGGCUUUGAGCAAAGGGAAGAAUGCGGAAGAAGCUGCGGGGUCUGUCGCUCAAAAAGCUGCUGCAGUCGCACAAAGAGAUAAAAUUCUUAGUCCAGCUGCAGCAACAGGAAACGAAGCGGGAGGUUCUUUGAAGAACACAGGAGUUGUGAACAUGAAUGAACUGCGUAACUGUCUGAUAACUCUUCUAGUUGACAAUCCCAAAGGGAUGACAAUAAAGGCUGUUGAGAAGGCUUUGGGAGAAGCGAUGCCCAAUGUUAGGCCUGAUAAGAAACAGAUAGAGAAGGUUAUCAAAGCGAUUGCCUCCUAUCAUGCUCCUGGGAAGUAUAUGUUGAAGGAGGGGGUUGAGAAAGGAGGUUUUACGAAGCCCUCUCCUGGAAGUGCAAGCUCCCCAGACACACCUGCUGUUGAGUCUCCACCCUUGGCAGACUCCCCUGUACUUGUGGAGAAUGCGCAAGAAGGAGCACCAGAUACAGGUGGUCCUGGAGAAACCCCUGGGGAGAGCACUGCAGCAUCUCAGCCCGACGCGAAGAGAAGUGACGGGAUGAAUCGGGGUUCUUCUCAUCCAUUGCAAAGAGGCGGUGAAAAUGUGGUUAGCAGGGCCAUAAGGAAAGCAGGAGAGAAAUAUGCAGAAAGGUCACAAAAUCCAGGUCAGGAGAAGACUAGAGUUGACUCUGAUCCACAGAAUCAAACUGUCGGAGCGGAAGAUAACAAGGAGUCCACAACCAGUCUGGAUCUCGUAGAGGUAGACCAUGUAGAUAUAGGGGGUGACGAUAGUCCAGUUGCUGGAUCCCCUGAAAUCGAGCAUAAUGACAAAUCUCAUGGUGUAGAUGUCGUUCUUGAUGAGUCGAAACACUCACCCACUUCCCAUGGAGCUGAUAAUAAGAAGGAGACGAGCGAUGGAAGCGACAGUUCAAGUGGUAGUGAUAGUGAUAGUGAUACGAAUAGCGGGAGUGGAAGUGGGAGUGGGAGUGGAAGCGGUAGCGGAAGUGACAGUGAUAGUGACACCGACAGUGAUGGCAGUAGCAGUAGUGCAAGCGAGGAGGAUGAGGAUGUGCGUAUUAUAAGUGAUGAUGAGGACAAUGGAGCAAACUUGGCAGACGGACCGAAGCAGAAUGCAAAGUCUAAAGAAGUCAAGGCUUCAUCUCUUCAGCGACAAGAAAGCAGAGCACAGAAACUUGCUUCUCGUGGCAAGGAGCAUCAUAAGAAACCGAAGCAGAAGGUGCCGGAUGUUGUAACGAGUCCUCAUGAAUCAGAAGAAGAUGUGGAUAUUAGUGACGGUGAGGAGGUCCGGAAGGUGCCGGAUCCUGUUAUAGCUGAGAAAAUUGAUUGUUUGGGAGCUGGGGACGAUAUGGAGGUCGACAUUGAUGUUAUCUCUUGUGAUGGAGGGGCUCAAUCGCCACAAGAAUUAGGAGAAGCCUCUCCGGCUGAAUCUCCGAAGGAUAAUGUCAAGGAGGCAUCAGAAAUACUUCCCGAUGCAGUUAUCGAGGAAGAGGUCAAAGAUAUUGUGGAACUUGUGCAGGAGGGCCAUGAAUCUAUGAUGCCGAAAAGUGGAUCUGAAUCGGAUCACAGCAUUGAGGAACACGAGACAAGAGCUGAAACCAGCGGGAUAAGGGGAGCGAGAGUUAAAGACCAGAAAGAUGAGUUUGGCGGUGAAAUAAGUGAAAAGAAGAAUGAUAUAACGGAGGCUGCUUCUCCUCAGAAAACGAAGGCAUCAGUUGUUGCGAAGACUGCUGAAGCAUUCGAUAAGGCUGAGAGAGAAAAGGCUGAAAUCGGAACGUCCCAGGCAACCAACAAGGGACGAGAUGUCGGUGAUGUUGCACUUUCGAAGGAGACUUUUGGGUCGCCUGGUAUGCUCAAAGCAGGUCUGCCUCUUAAAGGAGAUCCGCCACAGAAGUCUCUUUUGGGAACUCCACCUUUUCCUCGAGAUAACUUGGAUCAAGGUCGCCCGCGUAUCCAUCGGGAUGUGAUUAACAAGAUGAAAGGAGUAGCCGAGUCGAAGAAAGUCAUGCCUUCCAAAGAGGUUGAGCCCCCAAAUAGAUUUCACAGGGCUAUAGAAUCUGGUGAGAUUCCGGAUAAGCUGUCGGAGACCCCUCCGCAGCGACCUCCUGUGCGAUCCAUCAGAAUGGGAGACACUCAGAAUAGAAAUUCAAAGCUGUCUGAAACUUCUGCAAAGCCCUCUGUGGAGGCAGAAGUACCAGUGAAGAUCAUGGAUGGGUCAGGCAAGACGGCCAGAAUGACUGAAGAUUCUGGGGUUACUGUUAAAGGUACUGACAUGAAAGAAACCUUAGAUCUUGUCAAGUCAGGCCGUGAUGCGGAGGCGUUUGAGCGGCCCGAUGUACAAAGGAGAUCCAACCGGGAAAUGAAUAGGGAGCCUGGCCUGCUAGGCAAGCCUGGAAAAGAUAUGGAGAGUGCAGGUAGGUUGAAAGAGCUGGACCAGAUCAGUGGCUCUAGUAGAGAGAAGGACGGAAAUGGUCUGACUAGACCUGUUAGGGAUACAAAGCAAGCAAAGAAACCGUAUGACGUCAGGAAAAGUGAUCUUUCAGAUAGAGCACAAUCAGUCUCCGAAUCAACUGAAAAGCUCGUUAAGGAGGUAGACCCUCAAAGAAGGAUGUCCAGGGUUGGGGACUCUUGGCGAAAGUCACCGAAAGAUAUGGAAUCAGUCAGCAGGGUGGGAAUUGAGGGUGAUAUUCAGCUUGCCAAUAGAAGAGAUUCUCGGAAAAGCGAGAUAGACACAACAGAACCUAGAAGUUUGUUGCUGUCUGACGACAUAGUAGCGAAAGAGAAGGACAAAGAGAAAGAGUCACGAUUAAAUUCGGACUUAGAAUUAGGAGAGCUUAGAGACAUCGUGGCUGGAGAAGACUUGAAGGGCAAGGAGGCGUCGCGGGCCGACAUUGGCAAAUGGCGGGAGUCAGCUGAUAUACCAUCGAAGCAGAUACCGAGCAAAACUCAUAUCAGCCCAGACAAAGAGAAGUCUAGAAAAAAUGGGAAGUUUGGAAUUGAGCCGAGAAAGCCAGCACCAACAGAUGUCAAAAAGCAGGUGAACAAACCUGAAUUGCCUUCUGUUCGAGAGACUGUUCGAGCUCCUGGAGCAACUCAAAAAGUAGUCCUGACUGGAGAAGAUAGACCCGAUCGGUCGGUAGAGGUAACCAGAGGCAGAGGACUUUAUGGUGAUCAGGGUGAAAAGUCGUCAGACGGAAAGACUGGAAAACGUCCAGCAGACGAUGCUGGUUUGUUUGAUUCUGGAAGGCCUCCCAAAAGGCCAGUAUCUGGUCCACCUCAAGUCUCAACGUCAGCGGGGCGUGUAGAAGCUGAGAGCUUGAAACAGGAAAAAGUAGCUUCUGCAUCGGAGGUACCCAAACUUCCAAAUUCUGAACUAGUCAGAGGUGCAACUUCUGAUUUUGUAAAGGGUAAUCAUACCGAUAGUUGGAGUCAGUUGACAGCUUUGAACAACAGUAAAGCCGUUGUAGAGAACGGUCGUGUGAAAAGUAAGGGCCAAGAGGCUGCUGACAGGGUGGCAAUGGAUAGAAGAGGAUUUGGAGACCAGAAAAUCACUGCUGGUCUACUUGGACCAGGCUCGAAAAGAGAAACUGGAGGAGCUGAUCUAUCCCACACCAAUGGAGUGAAAAAGUCUAGCCACAUUGAUGGCGCAGAUUGGUUUGCUCCAUUUGAAAAGAAAAUAGCAGAACUGAAGGGUCCUAUCAAGAGCAGCGAGCAGUAUGAGGACUACCGGAGGGAGUUCCAAGAGAAAUACCAGUGUUAUCAUAAACUAAACACGUGCUUAGAAAGCGACAUGGAGGAUUUUCAAGCAUACGACAGGAGCAUAAAUCAGGCAAGGGCAGCGGAUGAUAAGAAGGCCCUUCAACAAAUCUAUCAGAAUAUCAGAAAAGACUAUUUUCAAUGUCGUAAGAGAUGCAAGCGUAUGCAAAAGACUUUCUUGGUGCUUCACGAAGAACUUAGGGUGAUAAAGCAGCGGUGUAAAGAUUACCGGGAGAAAGUGGGCCAAGGGUGAUGUUCACCCUAGGAUGUGAAGUAGGACCAUUGUUAGGAGUGAAUUGAAAUGCGGGAACUUUUUUGCCCUUUGAGUGUGUAGUGAAUAAACAGAUGUAAUUUCAGUCGCCAAGACUGAAUGAGUGGUCAAAGAGGCCAAUUUUUUUACAUUUGCAAGUUUAUGCAUGUAAUUAAUAAGCUUAUCAUUUCUAGAAUCACUUUCUCUAUCCGAAUUCGUGGGAACGUUUCCUCCCUU